AUGAACGGAGACGUCAUGACAACUGAGCUGGAAAACAGUAUCUCCAAAAACCUUAGUCGUAUCUUGCGAUAUGAGGCCUACAAGUACGAUAUAUCGCAAGACCCAAACGGUUUCAUUUUGCUGGAGGAGUUCCUUGAGAAAUCCAAUCUCGGAUACACGCGGGAGCAGGUGCUGUACGUUGCAGAGCGCAGUCAAGGUGGUCGUGGCAAGCGUUUUCACGUUGACAUCCCGGCUAAGGGCAUUGUUCGACUGAAGGCGUAUUACAGAAAUGGUCCCAAAGAAGAAGGAAAGUCGAAGUCAAGCGGUAAAGCAAAUGGUCGGAGCGGAAAGCAGUAUACCAGCGAGAACGGCUACAACAGAAGCGAUGGGUUCUGGGGCGACCGUGCUUCAGCAGGCCCAUCCUUUGAGACCGGCCGCGAGAAGUCCUGCGGCUCGCAGCCUUCGAAGGCCCAGGAGGAGACGAUGGCAGCGGGCAAAGGCAAGCAGUCCUACUAUUCCGCCCCAUCGCGAGAACCUGGGGAGACCGCCGGAUCUGGAGCAAGAGAGCCCAGAAUGUUUUCCUACGCAUGGGGCCAAGACAGCAAACAAUGUUGGAAUGGCGCGUCAGCGGCUCAGUCGUCCGCCGCCGCACCGGCACCAGUUUGGCCUACGGACAGCGCGAGCUCCCAACCGAAAGCUGCAGAGGACACCGGAGAGGCUCAAAAGGACGUCGCCGAGAGGCAAGAAGAAUGGCACAAAUUCCUGGAUGACGACAACAGGCCGUACUUCUAUUACCUUCCGACCCAAGAGUAUUUCUACAAGGAAGAUGCGCGCAAGUUCGGGUGGACGCAGCCUCUUGGGCCAUUAUCGACAGCAGCUCAUGCUUUGCCUUUUUGCACCCCUUAA